GUUCUAAUGAAAACCAAAGAGAAAAAUACCAGACUCUGGAAAGUUUUAGGGGAUGAGCCAGGUGUUAGGGAAAGAGAGGAGAGGACGUAUUGUUCAGGAAACGAAACUUAAGGUUCAUAGAAACCAAGCCAACGACGUGCAGGCAGUUGGCAAACGCAUUUUGGAACCAAUAAUCUAACAGACAGAAACAACAACAAGGUGAGUACAACAGCACAACUUUGAGGGAAUAAUUCUGUAAUGGAAUAGAAAUAUAAUUGAAUUGCUAUACUUAAACCUUGUCUUCUGUGUUUAGGAUGGCCUCUGUUAAACGUUCCUGGUCUGAAGAGAACUUUUCAUGUUCAAUCUGUCUGGGUGUGUUCAGCAGCCCAGUUUCCACACCAUGUGGACACAACUUCUGCAGAACCUGUAUUAAUAAGUUCUGGGAUGGACAAGUUCUGUACAAAUGUCCAGUUUGCAACAAGAUUUUCCACACUAGACCUGAUCUACAGGUCAAUAUCCUCUUAUCAGGGAUAGCUGCUCAGUUUCCAAAUCCAGUACGAAGCAAAAAGCAGCGAUGUGUUGAACCAGGAGAAGUUCCCUGUGACGUUUGUACUGGGACCCAGCUGAAGGCCGUGAAGUCCUGCCUUGUGUGUUUCACCUCUUACUGCCAAACCCACCUUGAGCCACAUCAGAGAGUUGCAUCCCUGAAGAGACAUCGGCUGGUCGAGCCAAUGGACCGUCUGGAAGACAGGAUGUGUAAGAAACACAAUCAACUACUGGAGCUCUUCUGCAAGACUGAACAGGUGUGUGUGUGUCAGUUCUGCACAGAGGGUGACCACAGGUCCCAUCCUGUUGUACCUCUAAAGGAGGUAUAUGAAGUGAAGAUGGCCCAGCUGGGGAAGAUAGAGGCUGAAGUUCCGCAGAUGAUCCAGGAGAGAAAACUAAAGAUUAAGGAGAUAAAAGACACCGUAGAAUUGAGCAAGAAAGAUGCAAAGAAAGAGAUAGCCGAUGGUGUGCAGGUCCUCACUGCUUUGAUGCGUCGCGUUAAAAAGUGCCAGGAUGAUUUCAACCAAACAGUUAAAGAGAAACUGAAAACCACAGAGAAACAAGCUGAAGACCUCAUCAAAGAGCUGGAGCAGGAAAUAGAAGAUCUGACCAAUAGAAGAUUAGAGGUGAAGCAGCUCUCAGACACUAAAGACCCCCUCCACUUCCUCCAGGCCUUCAGAUCCCUGAAGGAUCCUCCACACACCAGGGACUGGACGACGGUGGAGGUCCGUCCUCCGUCAUACGUAGGGACCUUGAGGAGAUCCCUGGAUCAGCUGGAGGAGACUCUGAACAUGGAGAUAAAGAAGCUGCAUGAUGCUGAACUGAAGAGGGUCCAGCGAAUGAAGUAGAUGUGACUCUGGAUCCUGAUACAGCUCAUCCCAAGCUCAUCCUGUCUGAGGAUGGGAAACAAGUACAUGAUGGAGGUGUAGUGAAGAAACUCCCAGACAACCCAAAGAGAUUUACACAGCAUACAUAUCUUCUCACAAGGCAAAGUUUCUCUCAGGGAGAUUUUACUUUGAGGUCCAGGUUAAAGACAAGACUGCAUGGUGUAUAGGAGUGGCCAGAGAGUCCAUUGACAGAAAAUGUCAGAUCAUAGGGACCCCUGAGAUGGGUUACUGGACUCUUUACUUCAACAAGGAUGAGUUGUUAUUUAAUAAUAACCCUGCUGUCCGUCUCCCUCUGAGAGCUGAGCUCCAGAAGGUGGGGGUGUUUGUUGAUUAUGAUGAGGGUGUGGUCUCCCUCUAUGAUGUGGAAGCCAGGGUUCAUCUACUCUGUUACUGGCUGCACAUUUACUGAGCCUCUCUAUCCAUUCCUCUACCCAGGUCACUUUAAUUAUCAAGGCAUAAACUCCGUCCCCCUGAUCAUCUCACCUGUCAUGCUGUCAAUCAACCAGACUAGGACUUUUGUUUGAUCGAACAAACCACCAAAACAACUGAUGUUAAUCUACCAUGAGAUCUGAGAGAUCUGGAUUAAUGUUGUACUGCUGACAUUUUCUCAGAGAAAUUCAGUAGGAAAUGAACCCUCAAUAUUAUAAAUUACAACCCGUUGUAAAUUAUUAGAUAACAUUAUAUUCUUCAUUGUCUGUCUUCUCAGGUUUUUUAAAUGUUUACUGCUAUACAAUUGUUAAUGGUUGCAGUUAAGUCGAACAUGUUUUGAGGAUUAAUGUGUAUAUCAUAAUCAUUCAAACAUUGCUAUUAGUUUAUAUCAGAAUCAUGACAAUCAAAUGUAAAAACACAUUUCUGAUUUCAAUAAAAAUGGAAAAAAAACUGUUGAGUCAAUAUCUUUUAAUGUCCGCCCUACACCAACUCAACGUGAGACCCUGGGGGUUUAUGCUGCCGACGUCCUGUUGUGCGCCCGACGUGGAUCCCCGGACUACCCCGCGGCCGUACAGGAGGGCCUAGCCCUCCACACGUUUCUGCGGGGACUUUCGCCGG